AAGAAGAAGCAAAUGUAAAUAGUUUUUUAUUUAAUUGUUUUCAUAACUUCCAAAAUAUGAAGCAUUACCACGUUGAGUAAAAUUUUUUCAUGUCCCAUUGAGAAAAUCGUGGUAACACUCUCACUCAACACCAACUAACCCGGAGUCGGUGCCGCAAAUCAGAGGGAAGAGAGACUUGUGAAACCAGCAAUUCCAGCCAUUUCAGUACUCGACAGUCACUCUCUGGGACAGGAAGCAUUCAGCCCGCGAUUCCCCUCAACGAAAUUUUCUACUUCAACAACCUUUUGGGUAGGAAGAACAAGUAAAUUUGUGCAUCCAAAAUGGUCAAACUGUUCGACAAUAUCAACGAGGAGGUGUACCGGUCCUACAUAUUCUGGUCCACGAUUCUGGUGGUAAAGAUGCUGGUCAUGUCGGUGCUGACCGGAUUGCAGCGGUUCCGGAAGAAGGCCUUCGUAAACCCGGAAGAUAUUGCGACGAUGCCGAAGUUGAAGCUGAAGUUUGACGAUCCCGAUGUGGAGCGCGUGCGACGGGCCCACUUGAACGAUCUGGAAAACAUCUUGCCGUUCUUUCUGAUCUGCUUCCUAUACCUGUUAACCGGGCCGAAUGUGACGUUAGCCAAGAAUCUCAUCCGGGCGGCAGCUUUUGGCCGAAUUCUUCAUUCGCUGGUCUACGCCGUGAUCGUCAUCCCUCAGCCAGCCCGAUUGCUAAGCUUCUUGCUGACCCUGAUCAUUACCCUCUACAUGCUCCUGCAGUGUGUGGUGUACUAUUUUUAAAGUUUGUGGACUUUCCAUGAAAAUUAGAGCUUAGAUUUAUGAUGAAAAUAGUUUUAGGAAGCAAAAUGGGUCAGUAAAAUAAGAAAAGGUUAAGGUAUUA